AUGGACUCUCUAGGCAGCGGCAACAUCGACAUCUCCCAAAUGUCCGACGCCGAGAAAAAGGACCUGCAACAAUUCGUCGUCAACGAGUCGCAAAAGGCGCGCAUCCAACAAUCAAUCCACUCCCUCACCGACACCUGUUUCCGCAAAUGCAUCACCGGCAAGAUUUCGUCGGGAAAGCUAGACAGAAGCGAGGAGCCCUGCAUGCAAAACUGCGUUGAUCGCUUCAUGGAUGCAAACCUUGUGGUCAUCAAGAACUUGGAGCAGAUGAGAACGCACAUGUAA